GCAGCACCUCCCUCGGCACCACGGGGCGGGGAGCCGGGAGGAGGCGGGAGGAGGCUGCGGGAUGGGGAUGAAGGAUGCAGGAUGCGGGGCGGCGUCGCCCGGGGCGCUUUAAAGGGCGGCGGGCGGCGGGGGCGGCGCGGCGGCGGCGGCAUGAGCGAGGUGAAGCUGGCCGUGCUGGGCGGCAGCGGGGCCGGCAAGUCGGCGCUGGCGGUGCGGUUCCUGACCCGGCGCUUCAUCGGCGAGUACGCGUCCAGCGCCGAAUGCAUCUACACUAAACACUUGUGCCUGGAUGGGAGGCAGAUACACCUGGAAAUUUAUGACCCCUGUUCACAGCCCCAGCAGGGGAAGCUCUCCCUGGCACAUGAGCUCCACUGGGCUGAUGGCUUUGUCAUUGUUUACGACAUCAGCGACAGAGCAUCCUUUGCCUUUGCAAAAGCACUGCUCUACAGGAUCCGAGAGUCUCACAUAGGAGUUUGUAAAAAGAUGGUCGAGUCAUCAAUAUUUUUGGUUGGCAAUAAACAGGAUUUAUGCCACAUGAGGGAGGUUGGCUGGGAUGAAGGGCAGAAGUUGGCAAUAGAUAACAAGUGCCAAUUCUGUGAACUGUCUGCAGCAGAGCACUAUCAGGAAGUUGUGGCAAUGUUCACCAAGGUGCUGAGGAAUAUCACUGCCAAUUUCAAGGUGAAGGAGAAGAGACGACCAAGCGGUUCCAAGUCAAUGGCCAAGUUAAUCAACAAUGUGUUUGGGAAGAGGAGGAAAUCUGUGUAAGAGAGGGUUAGUCUUGAAGUUGGAACAAGCUAAAAUAAUGGAGCUGAGCUCUUGGGAUUCACUGAAUUUCCUCCAAAGGUCAAUAUGUGGAGGAGUAAGACAGUAGGAACCAAAGGUGGGAGACAGUAUGGUCUAGACCUAGAAGACCUGACCUUCUGUUUCAAGCUCUGCUGCAGAUUUAUUGUAUAGGGCAGUGCCAUUUAAACUGCAAGCUGCUCCAGAGAGAGGUUUAGUCUGUAUUUAUUCAACACCAGCAUGGUCUUGGACAGAGCUUCUAGGUGCAACUGAAGUACAGACAGUAAUUUCAAAGAUUAACUUAAUUGGAAAAGACCCUUAGGUCAUCAAAUCCAGCCAUUAACUAAACACUACCAAGUCUACCACUAAACCACAUAAUAUCCAGUAAACUCAGCCUUGCUGAUCAAAAUCUUACUUCAGAAUUCUGAGUAGUUUUCUUUUUAUGUGCAAGAACAUUUGCACUAAAGAAAAGCAAAAUACUGCAGCUUCGUGUGGUAAUGUAUUUGUAUUUAACUCAGGUCCUUGUGUGCCUUACACUUGCUGAAAUUCAUAUGAAUUAAAUGCUUAGACACUAAGUCUACAAAAGGUAUUUACCUGCAGAGCUGCCUUGCAGAGGCACCAGAAGUAGGGAAGCAGAUACAUAAAGCAGUAUUGUCUCCUGUUUCAGUAUCUUUUUUCUUUAUUCCAUGAGUGAUGAGAGAAAGUGGAGAGGGUUGAGGAGUGUGGGAGCUGAAAUGUUAGUGAAAUGUCAGUCAGUGAGCACUGGACUGUUUUGGCAAGGUCGUUGCUGAGUGAAAUAAUUUUACAGCAAGGCUUGGGUUGAUCCCUUCCACAGAGCAGUUUUUGUCAGCUUUAACAAAAGUUUCAUUAGCUGCAAGGUGGGUGUGACUGCUCAGUCUCAGAUGGCAGCAGAAGCUUGGAAGGCACAUGGACUGGUAAAGAGCACAAGUUCUCUAGGAUGCCUGCCUGGAUUUAAAGGUCAGCCUGCUGGUAAGACCUGUGCUCACAGAGAGUGUUUUUCCUAAUAACCAAUGUCCUUACAACUACUCAUGGCUGUGGUAUUGAAAUACCACAGGGAGAGAGCACUGAGUACUGUUAGCUACACUUCUCAGAUGUGGAUAUUAAACAUCAGAUGGGUUUAAAUAUGUUGUCAGUUGACAUUCAGAGCUCUUACUCCAGACAGCUAAAUAAGGGCUUAGCCCAGCGUGUUUGCAAGUGCUGUGCUCAUACAGAAAUUAUGAAAGGGAAGUGAUCUGAAGAGGAAUUGCUGCCUCCUACUCACUCCAGGGGACAGCUAGGAUUCAGUUUUUGUAGGAUGCUGAGUUGAAGCCUACCUCUGCUCUGAAAUUUUACCUGCAUUGAAACAAAAAAAUUUAAUUUUUCUUUUUUUUACUUUCAGUUUUUGAGCUUUCACCCAUAAGAAAACAUAAAAAGGUUACAUAUAAUUUAGCAGUAAGGUUGAAAAAUAGUACUAAAGCACAUUUUAUUGUGUUGGCCAAAGAUCACCUUUUCUUCAGCAAAAUAUAUUGUUUAUUUCACUUGUUAUAAGACUAAAAAUAUUAGAACAUAGUUCUCAGUUGGCAGGCACUUUGUUUUUCUGCAGAUGCUGCUCUGCCAUAUCAGGAGCAUUGCAUUUUAAGUGUAUGGUCAAUAUCUAUGAAAGUGAACAUGCAAAUUAUUCAUGUACACCCUUUGGUUUCCCAGCCCACACGGGAUUCUAGAACUACCAACAGACAGUUGUAGCUUUACCUUGCAUUGCCAGAUUCCAGAACUCUUAUUUGUAUUUACUGCUCUGGUAUUAAAUAAACUGGAUAUAAGAUGGACGCGUUAAUGACUUUU